AUGGUGAUAAUAAGCCUAUGGCUUCCUGAUUCUGAAUUAUGGGAAAAGGAACUGGGAAAACUAACUCAGAUGUGUCUUGGAAACGGAUAUCCAGAAGAAGCAAUACAACACAACAUACGGAUGGUGAUGAACAGAUGGAAGGCCGGAGAUUAUGAAAGGAAAGCAAGAGGAGCAGAGGAAAAACGAUGGAUGUCUCUCCUCCUGCGAGUUGGUUCGGAAGCUACGGCCAAUACUAUGUAA